GCAUGCAAUUCCACUCGAUCUUUUAAGGGUAUGCCUUAUCUUGAAAAUGCAACAUCUCCAAUUUACUGAUUGUGAAAUAAAGGAAAUUAAACAUUUAUUGUUUAAUUAGCAGCUGGAUCAUAUCAGUUGAUCAUCAUCAUGAUCCACAGUACAGAAAUAAUGAAAAAUUCAUCAAUAAUUCACAGCAGCAUGAAGCAGAUGACAAAGAUGGUUAAGCAGUUCAACACGCCAGUUCUUGAUUUCCUUGUUAUUAUCUCCAAGUCAUUACCGGUUUCCAGAAUUUUCCAGAAGCAUUUCAAAUCGCCGAGGAGGAAGAAGCAGCAGAGAGCAGGUUGUUCCUUGCAGGAGCAGAUUAACCCAGCAUUAAUCUGUGGGGUUAUGAAAUCCAAGGCUGCUCUUAGGAUCUUGAAGAAGUACGAGAAAGUGUUGUAUUAUAAUGGGUUAGUUAUAAACAGGAUGUUUGAAUGUACAGAUAUGCAGGUGAUGAUGAAGUCCGCCUGCGCUCUAGAGUUGAUGGCUCUCCAGAUUAACUCCAAGCUGUUUGAUCAGUGGUUGUUUCUGGCGGACGACGGGGGGCCGCCUUCUCUCUCCGUCACACUUCAAGACUCCACCGUGCUUAACGUUGAUCUCACUUGCUCCAUCUGCCUAGAAACAGUGUUCGAUCCAGUUUCCCUUUCAUGUAAUCACAUAUACUGCUACAUGUGUGCUUGCUCUGCUGCCUCUGUCACCACUAUCGAUGGACUUGGCUCGGCCAACUCAAACCGAAAAUGCCCUUUAUGCCGAAAAGAAAGCGUAUUUGGAAACGCAGUGCGAAUGAAGGAGCUGAGUAUAUUGCUUAGUAGAAAGCUGCCGGAGUAUUGGAAAGAACGACGGCACAAAGAAAGGAAAGCUAGGACACAAGAAGCCAAGGAGUACUGGGAAUCUAAGCAUCGUGCUUUUGUGGGGAUAAACUAAGCAGAUCAGAGCUAAUAACUAAUAAGCCAGGCCACAUAUAACCCUCAAAGCAGUGGUGUACGUUAAAGUCUUUCUUUUUUGUGUGUGUGUCUGCAAUCACUAUUGGAUGUGCUAUGGGUAAACAUCACUUUUGUAGUUUUGUAUAAUAAUAGUCUUGUUAAAGUCGUACGUAUAGUACUUUCUAUUGCUGGUAUAUGAUGUUGCAAAAGUUCUAGCUUGUUGAACAAAAUCUGUUGAAAUUAAAGACUAAGGGGUUGUUUGGUUCACGGAAUGUAAGAUUAA